AAUUGAUAUCCUUCACCCGCGUGCAUGGUUACGCAUCCGUCUACCGCUGUGACGUUUCCAUCGAGUCUGAUUGCAAUUUACCAGCCUCAGCCACUUAGCCCUAGAUUCCACGCCCCUCACCAUUGCCUCUUUCGAGCGCUGCGUCCAAGUUCACGUCCCGGUGGCGCAAUCGUUGUGCUGUAGCGCCUCUUAUUCAUUCCUGCGAAAGGCGUGAUUCGAACAGCACGAAGGAUACAGUGGCACGGGGAGGUGGGUACAUGUUUUGAGUGUCAUCUAAGCAGCUAGCUCUGUUAAGGAAGUGGAGAGGUAAUAUGACUGAACCACAGGGGAAGGAAGGGGAUGUCAAGGUGAAUGGCCAGCUGGAGAAGCUGGCGAAGCCGGCAAAGACUUUGUUGGAAAAGUUGGACGCAGCGGUGAAGGCGGAUGAGAAGUAUGAGAGGAAUAAAGCGAAGAGGGAGAGGAAGAGGAAGAGGGAGGGCUUGAAGAAAGAGGUUGAGUCGAAUGAAGAAGCUGCAUGUACUCGAUCUUCAGAGGUAUCGCCUCCCGUGGAGCCUGCGGUUCAAGAACCUAGGAGCCGCCGACAUAUGAUGCGAACGCGAGGGCUGGUUAAGAUUACUGGGGAGGUCGUGGAGGACGUUCCGGAUGGCGUGAUGCAUGAGCGAGUGAUAAGGAAAGCGGAUAAGCGCAAAGCUGCACUUGCAGGAGAAUGUAAGCCGAAGAAGUCGAAGAAGCAGAGGAAGCUUGAAGCUGCGCUUUCAGGAGAAAGAAAAUCUAGGAAGCCGAAGAAGCCGAAGAAGCGCAAAGGUGCAUCUGCUGUUGGAGAGAUGACUGUGAAAUCGGAGAAGUCGGAGAAGUCGAAGGAAGGCAGCGCACCAGAUGUACAGAAACCUGAAGCAGAGGAGCCUGGAAAAUUGGACGAGGCACCCAAUAAUGGUGUCAAGGAGGAGGGAAAGAUGGGACUAAAUCCGAAAGUUGCUCCUUUUGGAGAAGAAGAAUCAGUGAAGCCAGAAAAACCUGAGAAGUCGGAGAAAUUGGAUGAGUGCGCUUCCCCAGAUGUAAAGAAAGCUGAGGAGCCUGUCAAUGUGGAAGAGGAGUCUGCCAAAGCUGGUGUCAAGGAAGAGGUUAUGAAAGAGAGAGAGCGGAAAGCUGCUCCUGCUGGGAGAGAGAAAUUAGAGAGGUCAGAAAAAUCCAAGUCUGAUAGGUUAGAGAAGCUUGAGAAAAGCAGUGCACUGACUGUAAAGAAAAUUGAAGCGAAAGAGCCUGCCGUAUUGAGAGAAUCAAAUGAUAGUGCUAGAGAGGAUGUUACAUCCGAGUCCAUGGCUGAACCAAAUGUCGAGACGAAUAAUGAACUAGACAUGGAUACAGCUACUGGCGCUCCUAAACAAGCGAAAACUUUACAGGAAGGAGAGAUCAAGAUAAAUCGAGCACCGGUGCUCACUAUGUGGGUUGCGGCGGUAGCAGAGAGGCAAGGCUUCACAUUCGAUGAAGCCGUUACCUUCGGCAAGUCAAUUGCUGGUCUAUUUGCUCAUGCUAAAGGAAAAAGAAUUGGUGUUGUAGAGGAUACGCCUUCAAAGAAAUCGAAGAAGGAUAUGGAAAAAUUUGAGGUUUUUGGUUGCAGCGUGUAUGGGAAGACCACCGCGAAGGGGCGGUUUGCUCUAGAGUCUGGGAAGGCGAUUGCUCCUAAUGUUGUCAAAGCAUAUUUACAACGCGCCUUUAAAGAUGAUUACGACCGUGUGAGAGAGACAUUUGAACUACUUGCGAACUCGUUUUCACCUGAAGAGAUUGGCAGCAAAGCAUAUGAUUUAUAUGAGAAAUUUAGGCCGGAUAUUCCUGAUGGCUCAAGAGGUUGGGGUGCUCGUGGUCUUUUGAAUCUCAAAUAUGUUAAGGAGCUUGCAGCAAGUGGAUGAACAAGUAGCUGUUGUGCUGUGGCUGGUACUUCACCUUGUAUCCUUGUGACCAAAAUUGUAAAAUCAGUCUGUAAAUUUUGUGCUCAAAGUGCUGGUGCAGAUGGGUUUGUGUAGCGCUUCAGGUUCUGAGUUUAGACAAUUGGGCAUCGUGUGGGAAUGUUUGCCAGUCUGCGGAUCUUCUGGGCUGACCAAACGGCAAUACAUCCUUUCUACACACGUGGUUUUGGGAUGAGAAUUGGAUAGGUCCUUUUCUUUAUUGUUGAUGUGGUAGUUUUUUUUUGUUUUUUUCUUCCUUUCUGCAUUAAUUGUGACUUGCUGCAUCAAAUGCAUUCAUUAUAAAGCAAUUUUUUGGUAGGAUCAGAAAUGAUUUA